GGCACCAGUGGAGCAUCUAAUUGGGCAGUUUGCAUCCGGAAUGACCGGCCUGCUCGGGAAGUUGGUUGAGGGGUGGACGUCCCUCAGUGCCUCUGACAGCGACGUGGUUGCGAGGCAGUUCACUUCAUUUGUCCCAGAACGUACACAUCGGCCAACCGGUUGCCGUGGCCGGUAUGACUACAACAGCUCCCAAGAGCCCGGUGACACACAGGAUGAUGUGGAUGGAGACGCUGGCCUCAGCAAGGACGACGACGAUGACACCGAUGACGAUGAACACGCUGAAGUUCGCACAUGCGGCAACAAAGGCAAGGAUGCAACAGGUGCCCACCCACCGGAGAAAGUGACAGAACAUACGGCUGCGAGAGGCGAGGGGGUUUUGCCAUCAAGGAGGGGGAGGGCUCCAGAGGAUGUUGGGCAGGGUUCUGCUGGCAAGAGGUCUAGGAUCGAUCCCGUAGCUGCCAGGAAGAGUGAGUCGACCGCUGGUGGACGAGCAGCUACGAAGAAACAGGCGCCAACGCCAACCCGUGUUUCUGCUCGCUUGAACAAAGGUGCCCCCAUUGCCGGUGACAUCCCUUCCACCAGGUCUUCUGCUCGUACGACGACGACCAACACUGGGGAUCCUGUCGUGUUGCCUGACCUGAGGAAGGCAGUCAAGAAGGUGAAGAAGACUACUACGCGCGGGGCCAAGCAUAUCAGUAGAGACCCACUCGAACGCCUGCAUUCAAAGUUGUCAACAGGUGGCAACUCAGAUGUACAUGAGGCGCCAGGCGACAAUACUGCUGCUGCACCGACAACUGCUCCCACUAACUCUGAUGCAAGUGGCCAACCAUCUCCGCCGGCUGCAGAUGUGCAGGCUAGAACAACAGGCAUCCGUACAUCGGGGAGUGACGAGUCGGUAUCCGCCAGGACAGCUGAAAUAUUGCCAACUCUUCUGGCAAUGAAGGAUGCUGCUGUGAGCCAUGCCACCCCAUCAGCAAGCGUCGAAGUGGAUGCUCCCGAGACCAACCUAGGCAAGGAAGAUUCCCGCUCAUCUGACACUGAUUCCAAGCGCGUGCCUGGUGUCUCACCUGUGUCCAUGAUAGAAGCGGCUGAGGCGGCACUUCACAAGGAUAUGCCAUCUGCAGAUGAGAAUCCUGGCACAACAGCUCCAGCUCCUGUCGGUGGAGAUACUGCUAAGGCGACCGUUCCGCGUGCUGGUCUUCCACAUAGGCGUCGUAGCCCCCGCAAGAAAUCAACAGACAUACCCAACGCUCCGGCUGUAGCUAGGAGCAGGAGAGACGAAUCUGGUUAUGUUCCUGCGUCCACACUGUUCCCGCCACCUGCAAAAAUCAAUGUGAUGGAGAAACCGCAAGACCGGAGCACAACUGAUGCAGGUGUCAAGCCGGGCACGAGUGACGCAGAGGAACGCCCGGAGCAGACUGCGCCUUCACCCGCAGCGGAAAUCCCCAGCAUAAAUCUGCGCACUUCCAGGCUCCCAGUCAAUGUCGGUGUCCCCUACAGUCCAAACAAGAAGAUUGUCAUGAAAGCUGCGGCUGAGACCGCUGACAACACGCCCCGCCCUGCAAAUAAGGCCGAUCAUUUUGUAGCGGCCGAUUCAGAUAUGUUUGUCGAUCUUUCACCCUUGGAUUCUGCCCCGAAAGUCGUUCGUGGUCCGGCCAGUAGGAAUGAGAGGCACCCAAUGGCCUUUACCCACCGAGCUUCAGCCUCGACGUCAGUCAAGAUCAACCGGUGGUGCACGAUCCUAUACCAGUUGCCUUUGCUUUCCCAGGAGGCAUGCCCGCAAUGAUGGCGCAGCCAAUGGUCGAGGGCAGGAAGGCUGUCAAGUUCGCAGAGCCAAUUGUGCAAGCCACCCCUGAGGAGAUUUCACCGUCACUUGAUGAAGUUUACCGCAUGAUCGAGGAGACAGCAUUGCAGAGGAGUUCCUCACGAGGGCAAGGGCAAUCAAGUUCCAAUGUGCCUGCAGAUACGGUAUCUGAGGAUACCAUUAGGAGUGUCACCCCUGGUCUUGUGAGGCAGCAGAGGGUAGUUCACCCACCCCCCGCGGAAGACUACGAGCCCGAAUUCAGGGCCACUAAGGAACAGACCCAGCUGUACGAUAUCGUCAAGCGUUUUGGAAAUGCGAGGACCAACAGCAAGCACAUGAAGGAGCUGAAAGCAACGAAAGUCAUUCAGUGCGGAGCGACGUACGUCGACCUGGGUGAUCUUGCCGAGUCCGUGAGACCAAACGGAAAAAUGUCGACGAAUGUAGUUGCAUGCAGGAUCGACUACAUCAACAAUCACACCGAUGUAUGCGCCGACAAGAUAAUCAUGCAUUACAGUGUGACCUGCAAAAUAUGGGAUGGUGACUUCCACCACAAAAUCCUGAGGAACAAUUUUGCACAACACGGUGAC